UGUCAGAGCAGGCACAACUUCAGUACCCCGCUCGAAGCGCGUUCGCGCGCACGUCGCGUUGUUCUCUUGUGUUUUUGUGUUGUGUUAAAAAUGAGGCGAAACCUGAAAAUCCUUUCUCUUCUGGGCGCUGCCUGGAUGUUUUUUAUGUUCUAUUAUAUGCAGCCAGACACCGUGCCUUCUAAGGAAGAAAACAUAGCACUUAGAUUAAUAAAGCAGCACGCAGACAUAGAAGAACCUGAGAGCAGUCCGAUAUCACUCGAGGAGUAUAGCACAGGCAGUACUGGAAAGUACUUCGAUGAGGCAGGCUAUGUCGCUGGGGGGGCAAAGGACAAUGACCCCUACGUCAGGAACAGAUUCAAUCAGGUGGCUUCUGAUGCGUUGCCUAGCAACCGAGGUGUGCCUGAUACGAGAAAUGCUAUGUGCCGGCUGAAAAAAUACGACGAAGAUUUGCCUGAGACGAGUGUUAUUAUAACCUUUCAUAAUGAAGCGCGAUCUACUCUCCUACGAACCAUUGUCAGCGUGUUGAAUCGAAGCCCAGAACAUCUAAUUAAGGAAAUAAUUCUAGUCGACGACUUUAGUGAUAACCCUGAAGACGGUGCUGCUCUCAGAGCAAUACGAAAAGUGCAUGUCAUUAGAAACACAAAGAGAGAAGGUCUCAUGAGAUCUCGGGUCCGUGGUGCAGAUGCAGCCACCGCACCGGUACUCACCUUUUUGGACUCACAUGUGGAGUGCAACGUUCAUUGGUUGGAGCCUCUGCUUAAGAGGAUUAAAGAGGAUCCAACGCGGGUAGUGUGCCCAGUUAUAGACGUGAUCAGCAUGGAUACGUUCCAGUACAUUGGUGCGUCGGCGGACUUACGCGGCGGCUUCGAUUGGAACUUGGUAUUCAAGUGGGAGUAUCUAUCGCAUGCUGAACGAAGUGGCCGCCUCAGUGACCCAACCCAAGUGAUCCGAACGCCCAUGAUCGCUGGGGGUCUCUUCAGUAUGGACCGGGCAUAUUUCAACAAACUCGGCAAAUACGAUAUGAGGAUGGACGUCUGGGGCGGAGAGAAUCUUGAAAUCUCUUUCAGAGUAUGGCAAUGUGGUGGUUCCCUAGAGAUAGUCCCAUGCUCCCGUGUGGGGCAUGUCUUCAGGAAACGUCAUCCGUACACCUUCCCUGGGGGAUCUGGAGCUGUCUUUGCGAGGAACACCAGGAGAGCUGCUGAGGUUUGGAUGGAUGAUUACAAGGAACUAUACUAUCGCUCACAACCACUCGCUAAACAAGUUGAUUUUGGAGACAUUUCUGAACGGAAAUCUCUAAGAGAAAAGUUACACUGCAAACCAUUCCGGUGGUAUCUCGAACAUGUCUAUCCAGAGCUGCAGGUGCCUGCGUUCGCUGGAGGAUACCGCCCAAUUCGGCAGGGGAACAGAUGUCUGGACACUAUGGGUCACCUCGUUGAUGGCACCUUGGGUCUCUACCCCUGCCACAACUCAGGUGGUAAUCAAGAGUGGUUAUAUGACAACGGCCUAAUCCGGCAUCACACGCUCUGUAUAUCGCUUUCUGAUGAUAGAGUGACAGCAGUUCUCGCUCCUUGCGACCAAUCUGAUGACUCCCAGCUUUGGAAGAUCAAGGGAUCAAUGAUACGACAUUCGAAGUUAGACGUAUGUCUGGACUCCGAUAGACCUUCCUUAUACUUAACUAAAUGUGAUAGAAGUAAAUCCAGUCAACUCUUUAACUACUGAUGGUUGAAAACUAGUUAUUGCUGAUAAGCGGGUUAUUAUAAUCUUUAACUCACUAAGAUGCCAUAGUAAUAGAUUUUACAUUUAUAACACUAAUUAUCCGUGAAAUGGAGACGGUGGCGUUUGACAAAGACAAACACAAACAUAAAUUAAUAAUAGCUACAUAACGGGAUUCUUUUUAUAAGAACCCCUAGUAUAACAUGGAAUGCAAGCAUUUAUAUGCUUAAAGUAUAUCCAAUGAUUUUGUAUGUACGCUUAGUCUUUGCCUUCGUUAUUUUCUUCACGUAGCUCAUUUUUGUGUAUGUAAACUUAUAAACUGCCUUCUUCAAUGAUAUUAGUAGUAGUCGUUAAUGGCAUCACUCAUAUUUUUAAGUCGGAUAUAGUAUCUAGAAAUUGAUAUUAAUCACUUAACACCAAAACUAUGAUUAAUAUUAGCGAAGUGCACUUCCUCAUUCAUCGUAUCACAAUGUUCAGAUUUUCUAGCAUCGUAGUGCUAGAGACGUGUUUUACUUUACAUCAAUGCAGCUCUCGAAGGAAGCGAUUGUAUUCUAACAUUAAUUACAAGUUGUAUUCGUUUACAAAUUAUUUAAAGAGACUUUGAGUAUCGACACAUAAGUAAUCAACAUUGUAAUGCAACAAGCAUUAUUAACAUCUACUAGUCGUCGAUUCGUGACAUUUAGAAUACAUCUUUAGAUUUCUAGAAUAGCACGACUUCAUUAGCUUGGACAGCAUGACAAGGAACAGAACAAUAAUACGAGUCCUACGCAAAUAGACCAUAUAGUAGAAAUUAUUUAAUAGAUAUUAUAAUUAGCAAUCUCAAUUAGACAUUCCAAUUAAUAAGACUAUAAUUUUAAGGUCACAGAUCAUCACUGUACAUUUAUACAUUGUAUUAUACACAUUCACAAUACAUAAGUUACCAAUGUAAAUAAUGUGCCGGGAUUGUGGAAUGGAAAAUGAGUAGGUUUAAGAAGAGUUGUUUGUGUAAAUAUUUUUGUAAGAUUUUUGUUGCAAUUAUUUUUAUUAAUAUAGUUGAUUUUUAAACCUCCUAUGUUUUAAGGUGUAUUUACUUAAUUUCACGUUUAUAUUAUAGCUUGAAAUUUUUUUUCAAAGAUCAGGAAGUAAUAUAACAAAUGCUUAAUUUUAACCUCACUAAAUUCAACAUCGUUUUAUUAGCUUUGUGUGUCACACUAUAGUGAUAUUUGUCACAUAUAUGUCUUUAAACGUUUAGAAGAUAUUAUUAGUUUAUUUUCUGUUAUUUAAAGUUUAGAUAAGUUUUAUUUUUAUUUUUAUACAAUUUUAUUUACAUUAGUUUUACGCAAAACCGUCCUGUUAAUUAUUUGAAAUCUCAUUAUAAUAUAAUUUUUAAUCACUGUUAUUUCCAAAAUAUAUACUUUUCUUAUUUAAUAAAUGCCUUCAAUUGCAGGUUAUAUAUCUCCAUAAACCGCUGAAAUGUAAUAAUAUUAUUUCGUUAUCUAUAACUUCAAUAAUCUUAUGACUAGAGUAACAAUAAUAGUUUAUCAUAUAAUAUUAUAGCAAUUUGUGAAAUAUAACUUGAGGAAAUAGAUUUAAUAGGUAAAGCAAAUUGUUUAUUUUAAUUAGUCAUAAUUUUUGUCCAAGCGACUCAGAUAAAAAUAUCACCGUGUAAAAAUAUAAUUGUUUUAUUUACGAAUACAAUAUUUACUUUAAAUAUAUAACGUUGUUAGAUUACUUCACACUUUCACAUUGAUACUGUAUGCAUUUGUAUUACUUACUUUUAUAGUAUUCAAUAUUUUUAACUUUUGUAAUAAAUAUGUUUUGUCUCUAUUGAUUUGGGACAUUUUAUCAUAUAGAUAUAUAUAUAAUUCACACUUACCCAGUAACUUUGUUUUAAUGUAUAUAAAAAUAUGUACAAGUAAAAUUUUUGUGAAAUAUAAUCGAGACAGAUUUGUAUGUCUGAUUAUUUUAAUUUAUCUGAGAUUUUAACCACAAUUAAAAAGCAUUGGCAUAUUCCUAGUCAAGAUUUAUGUUUAUUGUUUUUCUAAAUUUGUUCAA